AUGUGCCAGGUUCUGUUUUGUGAAUGGGACGAGCCGUGGCGUGAACAGCGCAAGCACGCAGAUUCAGAGUUACAUCUUAUACCGAAGAUUAAGGCACAAGUGGUCUUCUCUAACAGUAUCAAAAAGGAUUAUAAACUAUUGCCGAGAUAUAAACUGAACAUAUCCUUGUCGAGCUUGAAGCUAAAUCUGUCGGAUCGAAUCAUCAGCCUUCUAUUAGACUUCUGCGACAAUUUACCAGUGCCAGUGCCUAACACAGUGCCAGUGUCAUUCAUGGAUUCGGGAGAUUACGUGGAAGACAUUGAAGACCCUGAACUGAUGGAACUAUUCCAAUUGGAUACGGUGAACGCCGACCCUGGGUAUAAAGAGUUAGUCAAUCUAAGGCAGAAGAUUGUCAAUGCUUACUUGAGUCGGCAUAGGGCCGCUGAAUCUACAUUUGACAAGGCCGGUGCGCGUUUAGGUUUCCAAGAGUCGACGCAAGCUUUCGUAUCAUCGGAGCACAGUGACGAAGACAUGGAAGUUUACGCAAGAUCAGUAGACCUUCCCGGGUUCGACGACAAUGUAUCACCGAGUAACAAUAUCAAUAUGUUGCUGAGGUUUAUUAUCGGAGAGGUAGUCAUAAACCUGUCCCGGUCGACGGACCAGGUGGACCGUCCGUACAUAAUGUUGAACGUCAGCAAGGUCUGCUUGGACAUAGCGCUGAUGCAGUACGGGCCCGCAAUCCAACUGUCCAUUGGUCAAGCACUCCUCACUGAUAAACAGCAUCACAGCAGUACUGGACAGUAUCUGGAGCUGUUCACCAGUUCUGGCGAGCUGUUUAAUUUAUUGUACCGCAAGGUGAGGAAACAUAUUAACCUCUGUAUAAUGUUUGAAGACAAUAAUUAA